AUGAAGUUCUUCAACAUUGUAAUCAUUGCUGCACUUGCUGCACUCACCAACGCCGCCGCUGUCGCUAAGCCCGAGGCUGGUUUGGACCUUAAUGUUCUCGAAAAGCGCUGCAAAGCAACUGGCAACAUUUGCACACUCCCUAGCCAGUGCUGCAACCGCGGAUGCAUCAGUGGUGGCCCUACCAGCAAGUUUAUCAAGCGCUGCAAUUGA